ACACUACGGAAACACGGCUCGUUUCUGUUACGUCGUUUCCAUAGUAACAAUGGAAUCUGCCAUCACAACUGGUUCAAGAAGACGUGGAGGAUGUAAAAACAGGAGACUGUCCCGCAGAGUUCAGGGGACGAAGAAGCGCGCUGUCGCUGCUGGGAGCUCAGAGGAGCCGGAGAAGAGUCAGGUUUUGCCAGCUCUUCAUGCAGCCUGCUUUCACGGAGACCUGGCUUCUGUUCGACUCUUAGUGGACUCCAAGGAAUGGUGCAUCAACAGCACUGAUCUACAGGGUCACCAGCCGGUUCACAUGGCUCUGUUCCUGCAGGGAUUCCCCAACAACUCCGCCUGCCUCAGAUACCUGCUGGAGCACGGUGCUAAUGUCAAUGCCAUCACUGACUCAGGGCAGACCCCGCUCCACCUGGCUGCGUCUAAAGGCCUCCUGGACUGCGUGGAGAUCCUCGUGAACGCCGGAGCAGAUGUUUCCGCAAAGGACAACAGAGGAUGUACACCUCUGGAUUUGGCCCGCGUCUGGAGUCAUAGAAAAGUUGCCAGGUAUCUGAAAAAUUGUUUGUGGGAGGCAAACAAGAGGACAGAAAUGGAGGAGAGAAAGCUGGCUCAAGCUUUAUAUAGAGAUCUUGUAACAAAGGCGAAAGGGGCUACAUCCGAUAAAAAGGGGCUUGUCCGGGAUAGGACGGCAGAAGGGGCAAACGAGAAAGGCCGGAAAAAUGUCACUUCAAGGAUGGAUCCAAGCAAGUACCACACCAAGUGCCUCUUCUCAGAGCAGAUUUGUCCUGAACCAAAAUCUUUUAGGAGACUCCAGCAGCAAGGACACCCUCAGGAAGACGACAGUGCCCCCUCUAAGGCUCCGACAGCUCCCAGCCCUUGGAGCAUUUACAUGGGCCUGCAGCCAGAGAAACCACCCACAGAGCCAGAUCUCAGACACAGUGUCACCUUGUUUCUUGACAGCAGCACCAGGCGGCUUUUCUAUACUACUAAGUGGGACAGCGAGCCCCACCCCGUCCCUAAACUUCCUCUGGAUGUUGUUGAGAGGGUGUUGUUCCCCAGGGCCUUCCGCUCAAGGAUUUCUGGACCAGAAUGCUUUGUGCCGCAGAAAAUCGAUGAGCUCCAGCAUCGGCGGCGGCCGCAGCGGAGGAGCACCAGUCCGUGGACUGAAGUGAUCAUGCAUCUGGUUGAAGUUCUGCUGCCGGGACACUUCUGAACUCACCUGUCAGGACGUAAGGCUUUCAAGAAGACGUGAUGCCGGAUUUUGGUUGGAAAUAAAAGUAAACUAACUCAUA